GCUUAUGGUGCUGCCUCCUGCAGGGAAUUACCGCACCCAGCUCUAUGAUAAGCAGAGGGAGGAUUACAUGCCUGCCACACCCGGGCUCGGCAUGCUGGUGGAAGUGAAGGAUCCUGAUGAUAAGGUUGUCUUGUCGAGGCAGUACGGCUCUGAGGGCAGAUUCACCUUCACCUCACACACUCCCGGAGAGCAUCAGAUCUGCCUGCAUUCCAACUCCACCAGAUUCUCUCUCUUUGCAGGGGGUGUGCUGAGGGUCCACCUAGAUAUCCAGGUCGGGGAACAUGCCAAUGACUAUGCUGAGAUUGCUGCCAAAGACAAGCUGAGUGAGCUGCAGCUCCGAGUGCGGCAGCUUAUCGAGCAGGUGGAGCAAAUACAGAAGGAGCAGAACUACCAGCGGUGGCGAGAGGAGCGGUUCCGGCAGACCAGUGAGAGCACCAACCAGCGGGUUCUCUGGUGGUCCAUUGUCCAGACCCUCAUCCUUGUUGCCAUUGGCGUAUGGCAGAUGAGGCACCUCAAGAGUUUCUUUGAAGCCAAGAAACUGGUAUAAAGAGAGCACCCAGCACGAGCUAACAGCCCUCUCUUCACAGAGGCAGCUCUCUGAGAUUCAGCAGCCUGGGCCAAUCAUGUCCUCCUUCCCCCAGCUCUGCAGCUGGUUGGACUGUCACGCCUCCACCAUUCUCUCCCGCCAGUGUGGUGGGAUGUCCUCCUAUUGGUUUAUGCGGUUUCACUCACACUCAGUCUGUGGUGCGUACAUGCUCCAUUACUGUAGUAUCCGAGUGCCUCUCACUGUGCAACACAUUUAUCUCAGCUCUGCUGGGAGGUAGAUAGGGAUAUUCUUGUCCUGAGGUCCAGAGACUACUUGCCUCAGGGUCUGCACCGAGUCUCUAGUAGAGCAGGAAUUUAAAUCCAGUCUCAGGCUAGUACCCUAAUCAUUGGACUGUCUUCCCUGGAAAUAAAGGGUAGAGUAUUAACCCUGCAUGGAUUCCUUCAGAGUGCCCUGACAGUCCACAGGAAGUCUGGACCUGCCUUCCUCCAAAUGGCAUUUGAACUCUUGACAGGAGGGGUGAAGUCUGUCUGUCUCUUCCUGUGGAUUUCCUCCUAUCCCAAGACUUGUCCCCUACAAUGAGCUGUGGUCCCCUUUCCAAGGAGGCUGGAAUCCUCAUCUCUUUAACCAGAACCAGUAUUUUCUUCAUGCCAAGACACUGUUAUAAAGAGAGGAGGAAGCUUUUGCAAACAGCUCUAUUGUACACAGAACCUUCAGUCAGGUGCUGAAACCUGCCAUGACUAAGUCCUGAACUGGCUGCUCUGUGCUGCAGUUGGAUGGCUCCAGAGAGGACAGCGGGGAUUGUGGUGGCAAAGGAGACUGCACUACCAUGGCUUUCUGAGGUUCCUGGCCUGUCCCUACACUGACUGUGUAUUAAUACAUAAUGUGAAGGGACUGCAGAGUGAUUACAACUAGCUGCCUUGGGGCUGAGGCAGUAGGAUUGUGUCUGCUGUGGAUGUUUUGAAGGUGCUAAAUUACCUUGCUGUGCUAUAGCGGUACCGUGGGAUUAGAACCACACAAGGUGCUAUGCAGGGAUGGCUGCAUAUUUCAGUUUAGCAUUGCUCAUCCUUUGUUUUCCUAUUCCGGUAGGUUGGCGGUAGGGAUAUGGGUGCAAGGCAAAGCUGUUCUAUCUUCCCAAUUCAUCAUUUGUUCUCUGAGAGCCUGCUGCGUGUGGGGCACUUCCUUUUCAAGGUGGUGUAGUGGUGGGUCAGUUAGCAUCAGUCCGUAUGAGUAAUAGGGGGAGAAGUCAUGCUCAGCUUCCUGUUCCACAAUGCUGCAGCCACCUCUCCCCUUCUACUGGGCUUCAGCAUGACCCUGGCUGCAAGGUGGGGCACCUGCAGCAAGCAGUGAAACAGAUUGGUUGAUGCAAACAAGGGGCUGUGGGCAGAGCAAAGGGGGUCCUGGUUACUGAGUUUUGGACACUUUGUCCUAAAUUGUGAAUUUCUAAUAAAGAGCUCUCUAGGGAAGAGCUUGUGUGCACCCCUA